GCGCCAGUAUCGAUUGAACCUCGUAGUGGAAGAGUGAAAUAUGGAAAUUGAACAUGGUGUUACAGUAAAGGUAUUAUUCUUUGCACAAGCAAAAGAAUUAGCUGGUACCAGAGAAUCCACACUUUAUCUACCACAAAAACUUAGCUACGGACAACUUCUAAAUAUUAUCACAGAGAAAUUUAACCUUGAAAAGAUAAAGAAAAACAUUCUCUUAGCUAAGAACGAAGAAGUUUGCGAAGACACUAUUGAUAUUGAUUUAUCUGAAUGUGAUAAUAUUGCUGUGAUACCACCCUUGAGUGGUGGCUAACAACACUCCUCUUUU